AUGCCAGGUUUCAAUCCAAAUGCUCCCCUGUUUCUGCCGUCUACGUCAUCUUCUUCCACUAUUGAACUAAGGGUUUCUGGUGAUAACUUGACUCCGGACUCGUUGGUUCAACGCGUCAACUUAGCCAUUGCCACUCACUUGGCAAACUUGAAUCCGUCGUUAACCAUCUUGCUGCAAAUCCGCCCCGAUCCACAAUCUUCCGAUCUCAUAGCGGUAUUUUUAGCGUCGUCAUACAUUGUGGCUUCUCGAGCAGUGGCGCUUUUCAAUUCGUUACCAAGCCCACUUCCUUGGUCCGUGGAAGCUCUGUUGAUCAACCACAAUAUAGAACCUCUGAUGCCAUUCUACUUUCCUUACCCAUACCCGUUUUUUUAUCCUCCACCAGAUCCCAGCAUUAAACCAGUACCUUCAUUCAUCACCAAUCUCGUGGCGGGAAACAAAUCCGAUGUGUCUUUAAUAACCAUAACCGAUGAUGAAGGUGCAGAAAUUCAGGUGAAUCCGUGCCGAUUGUUUGUUGGUAACAUCCCAUUUCUGUCCACAUGGCCAUCGCUCAAAAACUUUCUUGUGGCUUCAGUUUUCGCUGCUGAACCGCACGCCUCUCUCGAUAUCUUCAGGGUGGAAAUUCCCAUGCAAACAUCGUCUUCGACAGACGAAAUGCUGCUGCGUGGUUCCAGUCGCGGAUUUGCAAUCGUCACCACGGGCAAUCAAGAAACCUCGGAAUUGCUCAUCAAACUCACCAACGAUACCGUUUUCGAGGGAAGAUCACUUACGGUUCGCUACGACCGAUUUCCCGACUAUAACAACUACGUCGUACAAAACUUGUUUCGAAAUAAGCAUCAUCGCUCUCCAAAUAUGCUCGGCAAUUUGGGUUACGAACGCAAUACCAUCCACCAUCGUCUCUACUAUGGCUCGCACACCAGCCCCUACAGCAUGCAACCGCCAAGCCAAUCACAGAGCCACUCUUCAAGCCAGUUAUCAACACAACCGUCUACGGUGGAUUCCUUGCUGGACACCCCAACUCCCCCGAAGCUUAAACCCAAGCCAUCAUUGGCUGCAAAUUCGCCGAAAAAAACCACAAGGAACCACCACAAACCGUCGAAACCACGGGCGCGGGCGCCCCACGAUGAUAUUGGAGAGGAGCAGCGUGCUCGCGAGUUGGUAGACUCGUUUCGUUCUUUAGGAUUGCAUUAA